AUGGAGAAUGGAGAGAUUGAAGAUUCGCAGAUUACAUCAUCAAGUGGAAGGAUCGAAGCAUCAAAUGGACGUUUGAAUGCCUUCAACACCUACUGGUCGGCAAAUUCUGCAGAUAGGAACCAAUGGAUUCAAGUUUGUUUCCUCGAAUCAGUAGCUUUCACAGCAAUUGCCACUCAAGGUGAUGGUGUAAUUCCGUCAUCGUCGGUGUCGUCAUAUGCUGUAUCUUAUAGUUUUGACGGAGAAACCUUUCAGAAUUACACAGUUAAUGGCACUCGAGAAGUAAGAUGAUGUACCUGCAGAGCAGUUUUUAAUUUGCAGCGCGAUGACAAAAAAUCUUAUGCUCAAACAAACUUUUGGCACCAAAUGCGUAGAUAUAUUUUUCUUCCAAAAAAAACAAAGAAAUUUAUUGCAGUGAAAAGCUCUAGCAGUACGUGAGUUUAGUCAGUUUGUAUGACAGUUAUGUUUGCCUGCAACUUUAAUACUCUUUUAACGUCUUUCUCUAAAGGUGUUCACCGGAAAUACUGACAGCGAUACGGUUGUGACGAAUACACUGACGCCAUCGAUAACUGCCCGCUGUAUCCGGAUACAUCCACAAACAUGGAACAGCAACAUAGGGAUGAGAAUUGAACUUUAUGGCUGCG